AUGUGUAAGCUGCGGCCCCUGCUGCAGAAGUGGGUGGAGGAAGCUGACAACAACGAGAAUCUACAGGAGAUAUGCAAAGCAGAGACCCUUGUGCAGGCCCGGAAGGGAAAGCGGACUAGUAUCCAGAACCGAGUGAGAGGCAACCUGGAGAGCAUGUUCCUGCAGUGCCCAAAACCUACCCUGCAGCAGAUCAGCCACAUCACCCAGCAGCUCGGGCUUGAGAAGGAUGUGGUCCGAGUGUGGUUCUGCAACCGUCGCCAGAAGGGCAAACGAUCAAGCAGUGACCAUUCGCAACGAGAGGAUUUUGAGACUGCUGGGUCUCCUUUCUCAGGGGGACCAGUAUCCUUUCCUCUGGCACCAGGGCCCCACUUUAGUACCCCAGGCUGCGGGGGCCCUCACUUCACCACACUGUGCUCCCCGGUCCCAUUCCCUGAGGGUGAGGCCUUUCCCUCGGUGUCUGUCACCACUCUGGGCUCUCCCAUGCAUUCAAACUGAGGUGCCUGCCCUUCCCAGGAAUGAGGUGGAGGGCAGAGGAAGGGGAGAGCUAGGGAGAGAACCCUGGGGUUUGUACCAGGGGUUUGGGAUUAAGUUCUUCAUUCACUAAGAAAGGAAUUGGGGACACAAAGGGUGUGGGGAAGGCAGUUUGGGGUAACUGAUUGGAGGGAAGGUGAAGUUCAAUGAUGCUCUUGAUUUUAAUCCCCACAUCACUAAUCACUUUGUGCUUAAAUAAAGAAGCCUGGGACCCGGAAAAAAAAAAAAAAGUCAACUGGACUCUUCAUUCAAUCUGUUGUGGGAUAUAUUGUUUUGAUUGAAGUGUAUGAAUUAAAUACAGCCUCAUAUAGAUGUUUCGUUGGACAAGGAAAGACCUAAUGGAGUCCCAGGGAAGGGGACAUGUCUUAGACCACAUUUUGAAAACCACCCUUAACAUAUAUUCUUUGUUGAGACAAG